AGAAAAUGUUGCAACCCAAUUUUCGUCGGUUUGAACCUUCUUACAGCUGGAAGUCUCGGGAAAAAUCUACUGAAAAUCGGGGAUUUCUAUCACGGAUGUGUGGAAUUAAACAGAAAAUGAAUAAAUACAACUGUCGUGGGAAAUAUCAAGAGACCAAUGACCAGAAUUUAAUGCAAGAUUCAGGAUAUUCACUGAAAAUUAUAAGCUCUGGUGAUGAACAGAUUACAAUUGUAUAUACAAGUCGACUAGGAAAAAUGAAAGAUCUCCAAGUUCCGGAGAUUGAAAUUUCAGGAGUUCUUUUGGAAAGAUUGGAAGCUUGUAAUUAUAGGCUUGACGAGCUUUUUAUAGACUUGAAAGCAAGCAAAUGUAUUUGUAGUUCGAAUGAGCUUUUGAACAUUCCAAAAAUCAUCGUUAGAAGGCUUUUUCUAAAAAUGGAAUCUCUGGAAAUGUUGGAGUGGUGGAUUGAAAGAGUUGAUCCGAACUCUCUAAAUGAGCUGUGUAUUGCUCCUCAUGGAGAAUAUCCACUUGAUAUUCCGUCCAAGAUAUUUGAUCUUCCACAUUUCCAAAAUUGCAAAACACUGAGUAUUAUGGAGCACUGUUCUUUCUCAACCGACCAAUUUCUAGCAUUGUGUAUUGCAAUUCCAAAUUUUUCUUUUUAUUCGGACAGAAUUGAUGAAAAUAUAGUUGCUCAUGCGAUAAAGAAACGUCUCAGCUUAAAUGAUCAAUUUGUUGUCCUAGAAUGGUUUUUCACUAAACACGUGAAUGUUGAAAAAGUCACAGGAGAUUUGAAGUGUACGAAUUAUGAUAGAAAAGAGCGCUUUGAUGUCAAAACUGAGUGCUUCGAGCCAGUUGAUGUAUACAGUGUUCCAGAUGAGAAUAACAAGAAAACGUCCUUGCUGGUUUUGAAAGAUUCAACUGACAAUUUCAAACCGUAUAACAUUGUUGCGUUUUCAUAAUUUUAUGUUUUGAGAUGCCGUCUUGGAAAUAUAGUGUUUUUGAAGCUAAAUAUCCUAUCUCAUGUAUUAAAUAAAAUUGUUAUAGUAU